GGAAUUGUGUGCCGUUCUUGAAUUGUGCGUCCCGCAUCAAUGGAUCUUCACGUGUUUGUGCCUCCCUUUGGCCACCAGACCACACUGACGUCGCGCCGGGCGCUUCGGACAGCCGCAGGAAAGGUGCGCGAGCAGCGCUGACAAGGAUGACGGCUGCAUCGCACCACGGAGAUCUUUGCGUCUUCCCUCUCUUCAGAGUGUGCCGACGGCGACGGUGACGUCAGCACCUGUGCCGUCGAAGCAGCCAGACGGUGUGCCACCAGGUAGGAUUGCAUUUUCGUAGUGCAUGCACUGAAAGAUCCGGGCCUACACAGAUAUAUAUAUAUGCACAUCCGUAUGCUGUAUCCAUGCGUGGGUGUCGGGGGCUUCAGGCACUCCCGUUGGUGAUGUGUAUGGGCGUGGUGCUGAGGAGGUCCGGCAGGGCCUGCCAGCGCUGCCCAGGAUCACACUCCUUGACGAAUUUGUCAACAGACACACGCUGCCUGGCAUGAUCGAAGAGUACGUCACAGACCAACACACGCAGGCAGACCAACAUGGGAGGGAGGGAGAGGCAGCCAGCACCAUGGUCUUUUCUUCCCGCCUCCUGCCUGGUUUCUCUGUGUUGUGUGUGCAGCUACUUGGACUCAGACUUGAAGCAGCAGAAUCAGCUGACGGUGUCAUACUAUGUGUGGCCGCUGCUUAUGCAGAUGCAGCUCCAGACCGACUGCCGUGUUCGGGCCAAGCCAUAUGACCAAGACAAUAUUAAGGCCACCUCAGUGUCCUUCCUGAUUGAGAAGGACAAGGACGGCCGACUGAUAGCCGAAUACCCGAGGAAGCUGUGGGUGCUGGUCGGCGAUGACUCGGACGUGAAGCCGGAGGAGGCCCUCAGGUUGCGCCUCGAGAAGCAGGUUGGUGGCGCCACGCCAGAGGGGUGAAAGACGACUCGUUCUUGCUCUAUGUGUGUGUGUGUGUGUGUGUGUGUGAGCAAACUUUGAGAUACGGCUGCGCAGUGGACACCUUCCGUCGCUGGCACUUCUACAAGUACGACAACAAGACGUACGACAAGGCCGGCGAACUGGUGCACGUCAAGACACUCAAACUGGAGGAUGAGUCGCAGGCGAUAGUGGACUCCAUUAUGGAGCUGCUUCAUCGAGAUGACACACGACUGCCGCUCCAGCAGUGGGACGACGCCUUGUAUCACAACUUCGGUGUGUACCCAGGCACACUCACACACGCGCACAUACACACACGAGUGCAUCACACACACAUUGGGUUCUUCUGGUCUGCUGCUGUCAAUCCAUUCCUGCGCAGAUGAGGACGAUGAAGAGGCAUGAAUGUCAUAUUGUGUAUACCGAGAGGAAGGCGUCGACUUUUUCGUUGUGGGAAGGGCUUCUACCAUGUGAGGCGGCUGUCAAUAAGUAUCGAUAUGGGAUCGCCAGCAGUCAGGCAGACGCGCAGGCCUGUGUAC